CAAUGUGCUUGAAUUUGUUUGCAUCUUCGUCAGCUUAUUCGUUUGCAGACUAGAAAAAUGGCGAACAGCCAUCAAAAUACUGAUUCAAAAUACACAUCUUUCACUGGACACACAAAUGGGUGCGUGCAGCAAAAUUCAGCCCGAAUGUUACAUUAAGAAGCUCAUAGAGGACAGAGCUGUUGGUGAGGAAGGUGUCGAGUUACUGCAGUACUGCAACUGGGAAAAUCCGCAUUUCGCACGUGCCCCACUCGUAUGGAAUAGUAGCUUAUGUCAAAAGGCUGGUUUUAGUAUAAUGCGGCAUUCGCAGCAUACCCUCAUUGGUGCCGAGGCGUUGAAGAAAUUUUG